CAUCUCUUUUCUUUACCUUUUCCCCCCUUUUUUUUUCAUGAAUAUUUCCAAUGACUCUUUUCCACUACCUCAAAGGUUACCCACACGAUCCAAUUAUUUAAAAGUAAAAGAGAAUCUAGCGCCCAUCUCCACUGGUGCCUUACUCUACCUUCGAGGUGGUGUGACACACACAAGGGACGAUACGGAUGUUGAAGUUGAUUUCAGGCAAGAAAGUAAUUUCUUUUACUUAUCUGGUAUUGAAAAAGCUGGCUAUCAUAUCUUGGUAGCUCUUGCCAUUGACAAAAUAUUUUUAAUUCCACCUACUGUCUCCCCUGAUGAACAGUUAUGGAAAGGGAUUCCAGAUUCUUUUACAGAAUUAUUAAAAAAGUACGACGCAGAUUUUGUUCUCACAGAAAAACAGCUUCCACAGUUUAUCGCGGACAUUGAUCCGCGCGUGAUCUUUACUUUAGAUACAACGGAUGUAUCUGCUAUACCAAAGGAAUACCACGGAAAAUUAGACAAAUCACGUUUAAGAAUUGCUAUCAAUGAAGCAAGAUUGAUCAAGCUUCCUUGGGAAAUUUCAAUUCUUCGAUACUCGGCACGUAUUUCAUCUCACGCUCACAUGUCGCUUAUGUCUCUUGUUGGAAGCAAGAAUAAAUCGCUGUAUAAUGAGGCAGAAUUAGAGGCCAAUUUUAGAUGGACAUGUGCAAGAAAUGGAUUGGCAAGACAAUGUUACAUCCCUAUCGUUGCUUCUGGCCCGCGUGCGGCUGUAUUGCAUUAUACGGAUAACGACAGGCUGAUCCCGGAUAAAAGUCCUCAUACACUCAUCUUGGUUGAUGCCGGAGGAGAGUAUAAAUGCUAUGGUAGUGAUAUAACUAGAACUUUUCCUUUACAUGGGAAAUUCACAGAAGAAGCCAAAACUAUUUAUAAUAUUGUACUCAAGGCCCAAAAUGCUGUUUUGAAACUCAUUGGACCAGGUGUAUUAUGGCGAGAUAUGCAUAACUUGGUUGUACGAGUCUUGUGCUACGAGCUUGUACGUAUUGGGAUAUUGGUUGGACAUGCUUAUGAGCUGAUGAAGCUGGGAGUUUACCGCGCUUUUUAUUUCCAUGGCACAGGGCAUUCAGUUGGACUUGAUUGUCACGAUGUUGGAGGAAGCGGGAUAGGUAUCUUGACGCAUCAGAUUAAAAAAGGAAGGAAGGGAGUCACAUUGGAUUUGAACCGAGCAUUAGAGAAAGAUAUGGUGGUUACUGUAGAACCGGGUCUUUAUUUUAAUGAUGUGAGUAUUGAUAUCUGGACAAAGAAUCCAGCCUAUGCACGUUAUUUCAACAUGGAGAAAAUUAAUCAGUAUCGUGUCAUUGGGGGUGUGCGAAUCGAGGAUACUAUCUUAAUUACUGACGAUGGACAUGAAAAUUUUACAAUUGCACCCAAAGAAGUGCAAGACAUUGAAGCACUUAUGAAACAUUAAAAGCUUAUCACAUAUUUACAUUGCUGCUGCCCUAUUUUCUAUUUUCUUUGAAUUUGUUUGAGAUGAUAAAAAAAAAAAAUGAAAAGAAAGGAAAAAAAAAUUGUGUGAACUAGUUUUAUUCAUAAACUGAUAAACAAGAGCUGGCAUGCUAUAAAGGAAUAGCCUGAUUGAUGGGAAAAUGAUUAUACGUGUCAAUCUUAUGUUAAAUUAUAAGAAUGCAAAUAAAUUUAAAGGUGAGACCU